AUGCAAAUUAUAAAUUUAGCUCCGUCAAAUCCAGCUCAAGAUCAAAUUCUCGAACUUCAGCGUACUAUCAAACAGCAAAACAAAGAGCAGAAUUACUUAAUUGAAGCCUUCGACAUAGAAAAGAAAGAACUUGAAGAACAAAUCAAAAAACUUCAAUCAAACAGCAACAAUUCUGAAAUAGAUUCGCUACUCCUUGCUUUUCAAGAGGAAAAAACAUCUCUUGAAGCUCAAAUUCAAGACUUAAAAGCACAAUUAGCGAAUAACGACACAGAAACAUUGAUAAACACAUUCCAUAAAGAGAAACUAGAAUACGAGGAGAAGGUAAAUAAGCUUCUUGUUGAUAACGACAAGCUCCAAAAAGAGCUAAAGAACAAAGAUGAAGAGCAAACAAGUUUAUUACAAGCAAUUUCUGAAGACAAAGAUAAACUCUCAAAACUUUUUGAUGAAACUCAGAAACAACUGAAUGAAGAAAAAGAAAAUCUCAAGAAACAACUAAAAUUACUAAAUGAACAAUUGGAAAACGAAAAACUUCAGGCAAAAGAGUCAAUCAAAGCCAAAGAUCUCGUAAUACAAGUAAUCGACAGUCAGAGAUCCGAAUUAGAGCAAAAAUUAAAAGAUCAAGAAGAUAUAAUUAAAAUUAAAUCAGAAAACGAGGUUAAAUUAAGUGAUGAAAUACAAAGAUUGAAUAAUUCCAUCAAAGAGAUGCAAAAUAAUUCAAAUUCUUCUUUAUCUGACUUAAAUUCUCAAAUUUCUUCACAACAGCAGAAAUUAAAUCAAUAUGAAGCGCAAGAUGUCCAAUCUCAAGCAACAAUUAAAUCGUUGCAAACAGAAAUCGAUGUUUUGAAGCAAAAAGAAACAAAUUUGCAAAAUUUGAUUUCAGAACAAGAUGAAAAGCUUGCCAAACAAGAUCAAGCAAUUAAAGAUAGCCAAGAUAAAAUCAAACAGCUAGAAGAAGCUGCUCAAAACCAUUCAGAAGAAGAGAAAGAGAAACAAUUCGAAAUUAUUCAGAUGAUUACAAAAGAAAAUGAUGAUUUGAAGGCUCAAAAUAGCGAAUACGUCAAGCAAAACCAAGAGAAAGACAGACAGAUUGAAGAAUUAGUCCAAAGUCUCUCAAAUGAGAACAAUAAUAACGCGGAUAUCCAAAAACUAUACAAAGAAAAGGAAGAAACAGAGCUACUGAUAUCACAACUGGGCGACGAAAUCACUCAGCUCAAUACAAAGAUCCAGGAAAAGGUAGAUGAAGUGAAUCAGCUCACAGAAACAAUUUUGGACAAAGAGGAAGUGAUAAACGCAGUAACUAAAGACAACAGUGACUUAAACAACAAAAUAGCUGAGCUAAACAACGCAAUCAGCGAAAUGACGAAAGAAAUAA